UUUUUUCUCCCACCAAGCAAUUCCCAUCUUGAUCAAAUAAUCCAAUAAUCCAAUCCCACGAUCUUGAUCUCCCACAUCUACGCACCCGAGUCCCUUGCGGAUUCAAGAUAAUUCUUCCAUCUCGGGUUGCAAUUUGAUAUUAUUUAAUAAUUCUUAUCACCUUAAUACGGUGAACUUAGAGUAUUUUAACAUUGUCCGUUGAAAUAAGUCACUGCGCAUGACGGCGGCAAAUCUUGAGAACCUUCUUUUUUCCCCCUUCCUUUUCGCCCCGUUCCCGUCCCCGUCCCCGUCAUUCUCUUACGGAAUAUCCUCCCAUGAUUCCUACUUCGGGACGAUCUACAGAGCGUAAUUCCACCCUCCCCUCUAUCCUUUGGUCGAUCUGGUCUCCUUCGAUCCGCCGAAGGAAAGAGAAUUUGGUGUUGUAGUAGUCCUCGUCGCCUUCGGUUGACUGGCUGGCUCGGAACAAGCUUCUGGGUCUAGUCAGCAAUACGCAAGCGUAUGCCUCGCGCUUCAGCAUCGGCAAAGCGACAGCACGGUGCCUCGAAUCAUCGCGAUACUAGACACGAGAAUGGCCUGGUAGGUCCCGGAAAGCGCGUAUCAAAACAGAAGAGCCUCAACCACCUGAACGGAAACGGAAACGGAAAUGCGAAGCAGCCCCCCGACGAUGCGGCUAUACCCCCUGUUCCCUCAACACCGCCACCCUCUGCGAACGGCUAUUCCAAGCAACCGACUGAGAUGCCGGCAGAGAAUAGGAUUACCGAGUCUCUGAGGAGAGGCUCGCUUGGUGGCUAUUCGGAGUCGUCAUCAUCGGAGUCUUACCACUCUCAUCUCGGCAAUGGUAUCCCUGAGGAGAACCAUCGUCGGAUCGACGUCAAUGCUACUAAGAACUCUAACGUCCACCGUGACCCCGGCCCGUUCGGCGUCGAUUUCGCUCUUACCGUUCUACGAUCAUGUCCUCUGCAAGAUACCAUCGCCAUCCUCAUCAUCUUGAUGCAGAUCCCCCCUCUUGCACUGUCCGGUAUUUACGUGCUUUUCACCCUACUUACCUUUGUGACUAGCAACGGCCUCACCUUUAGCGAUGUAUUCGAGUGGAACCUAGGUGCACCCUCCUUGGCAACUGUCAUCUGCGUCGACGGCAUCGUACUUCUGAUCUGGUUAUUCCUAUGGGGUCCGAUUCAACACGUUAUCCUUGAUCUGGCACAGAUGGUCAUCGCACUAGGGUUAGGUGGCGGUUCGAGUUCAAGAGAUGGAGGAUCCAUGAAGAAUACUCUCAUCUGCCUAAGCAUGAUUCUCCUAUCUCACGUCUUGCGUCAUACCAAGAUGAAAUAUUCACCCGUAGGAUACCUUCUAGGCUCGAGUCGUUUCAUGACACCCGAUUUUGACGACCCGUUAGAAUCCCUUGAGUCUAUACGCGGCUAUGACAGGGUUCAGACGGGUUGGUUCGGUUGGGUCAAGAGCAUAUUGGCCAUUCAUAUAUUAACACAAGGUCUCGUAAAAUACAUACGCGAUUGGUACUUGAGGCGGGAGAGGCGUGAUAUUCUAGCCCAGAAUGCCGCCGAUCCCGAGGCCGGAAAAUCUUAUACCGCAGACAAUGACGGAGGAUUUUCGACACCGGAUAGCGAUACUGCUUCCCUUCAAAACUCAACAGCGUUAACUACAAAAAAGAAAAGAAAACAGAGUGCCCAGAUUCGGAACCGACAACCGCUCUGGGCAGCUUUAGCGAGCACAAAAAUUGUCGUCGUGAAAGAAUACGAACUUACCCACGCCGCAGCGGAGUCUGCAGGUUCGAAUGCUACUGAUAUUCAUAACCUGGGCAACGCUCCAUUCAACACGCAGCCCGACCAAAUCUGGAUCACCUACGUUGGAUGUGACGAAGUAUGUUUCAAUACUAGCUACUUCAUCGAUACUCCGGAACCUACCGUCUCACUCGAUAUUCCCAAACCCUUCUACGUCCGUGUCAAUAAUGCGGUCUGGCAGCCUACUAGAAUGUUGCCUGUGCAGGAUUCCGAAGGGGAUCUCAGUCGCGGAACUCGAUGGAGUGGAGAUAUUUAUGGGCUUACUCCUAUGUCGAAUUACGAGUGCGAAUUUGUCAGUACGACGACGCACGAGGUUUUGUUUUCGACUAGCGUUAGAACUACCCAGGCCAAGUCAGCAGAUGUAGAUGUUAGCACUACGAAGCCGUCAGGCCAGCGCUCCCUUCGACCCGAUUCACCUAUCACGACCCUCAAGACAUCGAUCGCGGCAGCUGAAAGUAAAUUGUCCGAGGAAAAGGCGCGUCAAAAGGCAUUACGGAAGGAGUUUCAUCGGAAGGCGAAUGCUAUGAAGAAAGAGAAUGAAAAGCUCUCUACUGCUGUUCAGUCAGCCGGCACGGGUGACGAUAAGCUACGCCAGAAAAUCCAGCAGAACACUACCCAGCACAAACAGGCCGAACAGGCUAUUACUAACGUAGAAUCGGAAUUGAAGGAGCUGGAUUCUGUCCCUGAAUCUUUGAGGUCUGCUUGGAAGGCUAAGCAGGCUGCGUGGGCGAACGAGAAGGCCAAAUAUGAUGGCGCCGUUACUGCGUUUAAAGGAUUCAAAUCGUCUGUCGAUCGCGGAAUGAAGGGCCUUCAAGAAGAGAAGACAAGUCUCCAAGCCAAACGCAACAAGAUCAGCAACCGAAUUGCCAAGGUCGACGGUGAGCAUGCACGUAUCGCCGAUGCCAAUGCCCGUGGGCUUGAUGAAGCGGAGCGAAGACGGCAAGCUCGAGAGACAUACGAGAACGACAUAGCAAAAGUUGAGCGUGAUUUGAUCGCCAAGAUCAACGAAGCCGAUCUUGCCAUCUAUACUAAGGAGCAAGAAAAUAUGGCACUCAAAACACAGGUAGACUCGUUCCACACGCAGCAGGCAGCGUAUGCUUAUGCGGCAUCGUAUGAAUAUCCCGACGCUACGGCUCCCUUCUCUUCUCCAGGUCCUACGCCACCAGUCCAAGGACCCGCAACUAGCACGGCAACGUAUGAAGCGACGGCUGCUUGGAACAAUCCCCUCUACAACUCGUCACUUUGGGGACCCUCUCCUCUUGGACCCGGAUUUGUGCCACAGGGAACUGCGGCACCAAAUGCUCCGCAGCCCGGAAUCAAGGCUAGAGGCCGUUCGUCGUCGAUGCUUAGCGAUGUGUCCGGUUUCACGCAGAGCAGCGCAGCCGAGGAAGAUGGAAACACCACUAUCCCUGCGUACUCGCAUAUGAGGGAUGGGUCUGGUUUUUCGGGGUAUUCGAGUGUUCCUUUGGGCCUUGAAUAUCCUACACCUACCGGACCUCGAAGUGAUAUCAACGGGGAGGCUGUUAGCGACUGUAGUGGUAGUCCCAGCGGUGGUAGUGCCAGAACCGGCAGCGAUAGAGAUCCAAUGAGCCCAGCAUUUUGACGGGAUGGUUUAUGGAAUGCUUCAGUUUAGCUAUUACUCGUUUUAUCAGGGUUAAAAGUCGAGAGCCAUCUUUGAGGUUCUGCAGCGAUGGAGAUACAAUCCCAUCAAUCCAGGCCGACGAGGUUGGAUGAUAGGCAAUGAGAAGCUCUGUUCUUUCACUUUACCCCUAUUUUUCGGAUUACUCUUUUGAGCAAGUCGGAAUUUGGAUUAAGUAAGAGGAAUAUUCCGUAGUUAUGUGUUUUGUAUUCUGUGAACCUCCUAAGUACAUGUCUCACCGCACCCCUAGCAGACCUAGAUUAAAAGGAAUCUAUCACAUUUAGUAGAAAAGGAG